AUGAACCGUUCUACGCUCCACAUCGUUACACGUGCGCACAUGUACCCUGUACACUGGCUGCCAAACACGUCCACCUCUGCGCUGCAGCCAGCAUCGCCGCCCCGGCUUGCGCUAGGGCUCGCUGAGACUCCCGGCAUGAGCACGCGCACGCGCACGCGCACCCACAUCGUCGGUCUCAUCGCACACGAAACCAUGAAUGGCAUUGUCAUCGAUAAUCGCCUCCAAACCGAAACAUUGCUCAUUGGACCAAGCGAACUCGGGCUGGCUCCCGGCCCGAGCUGCCCGCACGCUAUGCCCAUCGCAGCAUCGUGCUCUACCGGAACGUCGCUCGCCAUGCUCGUGGGCGCCGCGGGGUCGCACUCGACCUCUCCCGCUAUCCCCCUCCUCCGUCCCUCCGUACGCGAGCUCGGCGGAUACCAGGUCUCUGAAGGAGGGCUUACGACAUCGCAGCGACACGCUCCUGCCUCGAGGUUCGCAUUCCGUGCUUGA